GGGAGGGGCGGGAGCAAGGCCCUGCAUCAGAAAUGGGUUUUUUUCCUUCAUUCGAAAAUGGCGAUUUUAUUCAUUCAAAAAAAAACAAAACAACAACAACAAUGGAAGCACCCGUGGGAAACAGUUACAACAGCUGCCAUGCAGAAAUAUCCCAACCCCAUGAACCCGAGUGUCGUGGGUGUUGAUGUGCUAGACAGACACAUAGAUCCACAUGGGAAACUGCACAGCCUUCGACUGCUCAGCACCGAAUGGGGAAUCCCCUCCAUUGUGAAAUCGCUCAUUGGUGCAUGUAGAACAAAGACAUACGUUCAGGAACAUUCUGUUGUUGACCCUGUGAAAAAAACAAUGGAACUUCAGUCCAGUAAUAUUUCAUUUACAAAUCUGGUUUCAGUAGAUGAGCGGCUUAUUUAUAAACCACAUCCUCAUGCGCCUGAUAAAACCAUUUUGACUCAAGAAGCAAUAAUAUCUGUGAAAGGGGUCAGUCUCAGCAGUUACCUAGAAGGAUUAAUGGAAAACACAAUCUCUUCCAAUGCCAAUAAAGGUCGUGAGGCACUAGAAUGGGUAAUCAGUAAAUUGAAUGCUGAAAUUGAGGAGUUCACAGCUUCAGCAAGACAAAGCAUGAGGACUUCUAUGGCAGCAGCAGCAUUUGCAGAGAAAUGACAGCAAAUAUACAUUUCUAAAUUACUAGUUAGGUCUGCGUGUCUGAAAUAAGGAACCAAAAGCUCCUCUUCAAACUGAAACAUAUUUAUUGUUAUGUUUUGUUAUUUAAGGGCAUAUCUAUGUAUUGGCUAGGUUUUAAGGUAAAACUUUGGAGAGAAGUAGCAAGUUCUUGUGAAUGAGGGUAACGUGUAGGGAUUUAACUAAUAUGUUGGUUCAACUAGACUGAACAUUCAUUUCAUAUGAAAUAAUACCUUAAGAAUUCAAAGGUAGUUCCUGUAUUUACAGGAAUGCUUACCAGUUUAAAAUGACUCCUAAUAUAAAAUAGUCUUUGUAGAUAAGGUUACAGACAUUGGAAGAGAUUGAUGUGAUAGUGAAUCCUACUUGAGUAGAAUUUAGUGUUAUUUUAUUCUUGGACUCUACCUCUUUGGGGACCAAACCCAAGAUUAAGAAAAAAUGCCUUGUUCAAGCAAGCUCCAUUGUAUUUGUUUUGGGCAGCUGUGUGAUAUAACUUGCUAUAAAUAGAAGAUUUAUUACUUGAAGCCUGAAAUGCAAAUGAAUGCAAAGCUUGUUUUUUGGAUAAACUUGCUACAAGUUCUGGUCGGACAGCUGAUUUGAAAUGGUACUUUAAAAGUAAACUAUAGCCAUCAAACAAUUUCUUAAUAUUUACAAGAAGUGUCAUCUCACAUAUUUUGAAUAGUGCUCAUCUCUGAGGCCAAAAUUUUGCCUUUAAAUACUACAUUAGUAGGAGUUGCCUGCCAUAACUGAGGAAGAAUUUAGACCAAAAUACUUUUAUCUUUUUAGUUCAGCCUUGCAGUAACAGAACCUCUCUAUUUAGAGGAGAACUAUAAUCUUAGAAGAAUUUUAAAAUGUAAUUUUAUAGACAGUUAAACUUCCUAGAAAAGUUUUAAUUCAUUUUGAAAUAUUGCAAAAUAAUUCAAAUUUAAAUUCUUAGAUUAACUUGGUCAAGGUGUAUUCUCAUUUGUAGGUAACAAUAAACAGGGUUAGCAAAAGUAAGUUUACGUUAAUCAUGCGUCAGAAUUUUUCAGUUAAACAUGGAGUCAAACUAUUUGAAUGCCAUUUCAACUAAACAUAGCAUCUAGCAUUAAAUUUUAGUUUAAUGCUCUGGAUUCUCUUAUCUUUUUUAUUAUUGAAAUAAAUACAAACAGGGCAUUUUAAAUGAAGGAUUUAGGGAUCAAAAUCAGUAGGUAGUUUAGUUUCUUGGCACUAAGUUCCCAUACAUAAUCACUAAAGGUCAGAUUUUGCUAACUACUCAAAUAGCAAAUUUCUCUGUAAGCAAGCUCAUUGACUUGUAUGGUGGGGACAUGUAGUAAAAAACAUGAAAAGGGGUAGGGGAAAUGUAGUACUAUAGAAACAGAUGUUGGAUUUAGUUGGCAAUCUUGCCAACUGGUGCCAAACGGUCCAUCUGGAGUUUCAGACCUAAUCAUACAGGUGUCAUUUUUGUUUAGUCUUUCAGAAGAGCUGAUAUUGCCUGUCAGGCAGUAUUUCUGUUACAUGCUAAUAAAGUAUUGUCUGUUCAGUGGUACAGAGCUAGAGUCUAUUCGCUGAAUAUUACUUGGUAUAGAUGAGAAGACAACAUUCUACACUUGCAUGUAGGAAUAAAGACUAGUGAAUGUGCAUAAAGCAACACUUAGAAGAGUUUAUUCACUGUAAAUUUAAUAUUUUUCUACUUAAAUAAUAAAGAUUCAGUUCAAAACCUAAUACAUUUGUAAAAAAAAUCAUUAAGUUUUGUGACUUUUUACACCUGGAGAUUGUUCCUACAAUUAAUUUAACUAAAGGUCAAAAUGUUCAUACUUAAAUUUGUGUAAUAAUUUAUGUGAGUUCUUCUGAUAAAGAUGCAAUACUGUUCCUAAACUUGUCUGUUGAAAGCAUAAACCAAGCUUAAUUUUUAUAUUUCAAAUUCAAACAACUAAUUUUGCUGUAUUAAGAGCCCUCUAAUUCAAACUGGCAAUUUGGUCUCAUUUUUUUCAGUGCAAGUUUUAUCAUUUUUAUCAAUAUUCAGAAACCAUUUAAAAGA